AUUGUCGACUUUUCAUUCAAACAAGAGCGCUUGAAGUAGUCAGACAGAGAGUAUAUAUUUACUUGAAAUUUUAUAAUAAAUUUUUUAUUUGGCAUAAUGGAUGAAUUUGAAGAAGAUAGUUUCUAUGGUUCUUUUAAUCAGAGUAUUGAUCAAAUAUCCGAUUCAGAACCGGAUAUGUUCAGCAAUCGAUAUACGCAAGAAUGGAUGGAAAGAGAAGCUGAACAUUUGUUAGCAAAAUCUGAAAUACCACGUUUUCGAACACACGUUUUUAUCUCUUGGUUAACAACUCGACCGAAUAUUUUGGAAUAUUUUGUGCCUCUUCGAUCUCAAAAUUUCUUUAUACUGUUAGAAAAUCCGAAUUAUUGCGGAUGUUUCCAACAUUGCUGUAUGGUCGAAAUAAAUAUUCGUGACAGAUCGUGGUCGUACAUCGAUUCGAUGCAUAAUCAUGAGAAACUAGAACGAAUACGUAAAGCGUUUUGGCCAAUAAUUGAUAUGUUCUCGCUAGAGUAUCAACCAACUAGAUGCCAUCAACAAAACAAUUUAUCGAGCAAAUGUUCAAUAAUGCUACUGAAAACUCUUGAGAGAAAGCUUGUUGAAAUAAAAAGCGUUUUGGAGGAGUUCUAUGAUGAACUUCCAGCGAAUGAGAUAUCAAUUGAAUUUCAGUAGAAAAUUUACCAAAAUGUAUUCAAGUAUUAGUCGUAUUUGAAAAAUAUUCGAAAUUCCUACUUGACUUUUUUUGCUGUCUGCUGUCAGCUCGAAAAAUGACAUUCUUGAAGAAGAAUAUAUGAUAGAGCUUUACCUUCUGUACCUAUACAUACAUAUGUGUCUAAACAAGUGCCAUCAUGGUGUUAUCAUAAUGACAUUCUUUGAGGACCUUUAUGGAAGUCUAUUAUGUUACAUCCACAUGGGGAGAAGAAUUUGAAGAAAUAUUUGGAUGAUUUUUUUUAUUCCUCCAAAUGCAAAUACUUAUGGAAUGUGUACGCUCUUGUACUAUACAUUUCAUUUAUACGAUUUAUAUUGCUCAUAUAAUAGUAGUUAAUAUAAAAUAUUAUUAAUACAUAUUCUAAUUACAAUA